UUUGAAAAUUGGGAAGGAGGACUUUUAAGGCUACUUCUGAUUUGCCAACACUGUCUACAGUCUGAAGCUGAGGUGACUGAAUGGGGCACACUUUUGGAGAAAUAAAAAUGCCUUCUCACUAUGUGAUGGCCUUGUUUGCACUGAUGAGUUCCUGUGUGGCCACUACAGGUCCGGAGCCCAGUACCCAGUGUGCGUUGUCGCCCGUCAAUGCCUCCCAUCCGGUGCAGGCCUUGAUGGAGAGCUUCACCGUCUUGUCAGGGUGUGCCAGCAGAGGGACAACGGGGCUGCCGCAGGAGGUGCACGUCCUGAACCUCCGUGCUGCUGACCCGGGGCUCAGCCAGCCCCAGAAAGAGGUCACUCUGCACCUCAAUCCUAUCUCCUCCGUCCACAUUCACCACAAGCCUGUCGUGUUCCUGCUCAACUCCCCACAGCCCCUGGUCUGGCAUCUGAAGACAGAGAGGCUUGCAGUUGGGGUCUCUAGACUUUUCUUGGUGUCUCAGGGUUCCAUGGUCCAAUUUUCAUCAGGAAACUUCUCCUUGUCAGCAGAAACAGAAGAAAGGAGCUUCCCCCAUGGAAAUGAACAUCUGUUAAAUUGGGCUCGAAAGGAGUACGGAGCAGUCACUUCAUUCACUGAACUCAAGAUAGCAAGAAACAUUUAUAUUAAAGUGGGAGAAGAUCAAGUGUUCCCUCCCACAUGCAACAUAGGGAAGAAUUUUCUCUCGCUCAAUUACCUUGCUGAGUACCUUCAGCCCAAAGCAGCAGAGGGUUGUGUGAUAUCCAGCCAGCCCCAGGAUAAGGAAGUACACAUCAUUGAGUUAAUUACCCCCAACUCUAACCCCUACAGUGCUUUCCAGGUGGACAUAAUAAUUGACAUAAGACCUUCUCGAAAGGACCUUGAGGUGGUCAAAAAUCUCAUCCUGAUCUUGAAGUGCAAGAAGUCUGUCAACUGGGUGAUCAAGUCUUUUGAUGUUAAGGGAAACCUGAAAGUUGUUGCUCCUAACAGUAUUGGCUUUGGGAAAGAGAGUGAAAGAUCCAUGAUAAUGACCAAAUCAAUAAGAGAUGACAUUCCUUCAACCCAAGAGAAUCUGGUCAAGUGGGCUUUGGACAACGGCUAUAGUCCAGUAACAUCAUAUACAGUGGCUCCUGUGGCUAAUAGAUUCCAUCUUCAGCUUGAAAACAAUGAGGAAAUGAGAGAUGAGGAAGUCCAUACCAUCCCUCCUGAGCUACGGAUCUUGCUGGACCCUGUCCCCCUGCCUGCCCUGGAGAACCCACCCAUCCGAGGAGGCGGAGGCCGAAAUGGAGGUUUCCCCUUUCCUUUCCCCGACAUCUCCAGGAGAGGCCAGAAGGAAGGAGGAGAAGAUGGGAUCCCCCGGCCAAAGACCCCGGUCAUCCCCAGCAUACAACUGUUUCCUGAUCCCACAGAGCCCGAGGAGGUGCAAGGGAACAUGGAGGUUGCCCUGUCAGUCAGAUGUGAUGAUGAGAAGAUGAUCGUGGCUGUGGAAAAAGAUUCUUUUCAGGCCAACAGCUACUCAGGGAUGGAGCUCACCCUGUUGGAUCCUACCUGCAAGGCCAAGAUGAAUGGCACCCACUUCAUUUUGGAGUCUCCCCUGAAUGGCUGUGGUACUCGUCACCGGCGGUCAGCCCCAGAUGGUGUGGUUUACUAUAAUUCCAUUGUGAUACAGGUUCCGUCACCUGGAGAUAGUAGUGGCUGGCCAGAUGGUUACGAAGAUCUGGAGUCAGGCGAUAAUGGAUUUCCAGGAGAUAUGGACGAAGGCGAUACCUCCUUCUUCAGCCGACCUGAAAUUGUGGUGUUUAAUUGCAGCCUGCGGCAGGUGGGGAAUCCCAAUAGCUUCCAGGACCCACCCAACAGAAACAUCACUUUCAACAUGGAGCUGUACAACACUGACCUCUUUCUCGUGCCCUCUCAGGGGGUCUUCUCCGUGGCAGAGAAUGGACACAUUUAUGUUGAGGUAUCUGUUACUAAGGCUGACCAAGAAUUGGGAUUUGCCAUCCAAACGUGCUUUAUCUCUCCAUAUUCAAACCCUGAUAGGAUGUCUGAUUACACCAUCAUUGAAAACAUUUGUCCUAAAGACGAAUCUGUGAAAUUUUACAAUCCCAAGAGGGUGCACUUUCCUAUCCCACAAGCUGAGAUGGACAAGAAGCGAUUCAGCUUUGUGUUUAAGUCCAUUUUCAACACCUCACUGCUCUUUCUACAAUGUGAGCUCACGUUGUGCACCAAGAAGGAAAAAGACCCCCAGAAGUUACCUAAGUGUGUGCCCCCGGAUGAAGCCUGCACCUCACUGGACGCCUCAAUGAUCUGGGCCAUGAUGCAGAAUAAGAAGACAUUCACCAGGCCCCUCGCUGUGAUCCACCAACAAGUAGAAGCUAAAGAAACAGGUCCAAGCAUUAAGGAACCGAGUCCAAUUUCUCCACCAGUUUUCCACGGUCUGGACACCCUCACCGUGAUGGGCAUUGCGUUUGCGGCGUUUGUGAUCGGAGCGCUCCUGACGGGGGCCCUGUGGUACAUCUAUUCUCACACAGGGGAGACGGCGGGCAGGCAGCAAGUCCCCACGACGCCGCCGGCCUCGGAGAACAGCAGUGCGGCGCCCAGCAUCGGCAGCACGCAGAGCACGCCCUGCUCCAGCAGCAGCGCCGCCUAGCCGUGGCGCCGCCAGCGCCA